CGUUCAGAUCCAGAGUUGCGAGAUAUCGCGAUGAAAGGUGGUAGAGCGCGAAGGGCAAGUGGCUCCUCUGAUGGAGGGCGGCGGGAUAGUGUUCUGCCAGUCAUCUGACGGAACCGGCGCCAAGAUCGAUACCGUAAACACGGACUGCAGUGCUCACAACACAAUGCCCACCGACGGCAUACCCUACACGAAGGAAUCGUUGUCUCAUUCCGACAGUGCGAAAUAACUUCUAAACCGUAACGACUGUGAUUGACUGUUAAGUGUUUCCUUAAUAUCUAUUUUAAUAUUUAACUUUUCCCGUUCUCGUUAAACUCAGAUGUCCUGAUCGUGAGAUAGAUUAUACAUAACUGAUAUGUGCUGGCCGCCAGUUCGUCGCAUUCCUGUAAGGAAGUAAUAUAAGUAAUAUAACUUCUAUCGCGAAUUCUGGGAGAAACUACAUGGUGUGAGCUGGCCAAAGCCGCUCGCGCUUGUCUGAGGCCGCAGAUGUUGGGCUCCGAGCUCCACAUUGCCCUUGCAUCGCGACCAUGGAGAAAGAGGAAAUCAAACAAACAUGGAAACAUAAACUACUAUUUUAUACUACAGCUUUCUUCGUGCUGCUUGGCAUUUUCAGCUUAUUUUCAUUUUUAUUCCUUGUGCCUUUUGUCAUCGAUCCGGCUUUUACAACGAUUUUCAUGGAGUUCGACGAAGAACCAGCUCAGUGUGUGACCCAGAGGACCGAGAGACGCUUAGGUGCAUCAAAUUGUAGUUGGACUUCAUGUAGAGAAGGUUGCACUAAAGAUAUUUAUGACUGCACACAAAUAUUUGUAAAUUAUAAAAUUGCUUCAAACCGUUCCAACAUUUCGGUCAUACCGACCGUCUCAGCUGCUCUACAGCGAGAGAAGAGAGCCCUCCUGGACGAUUAUGAUUACGAAGACGAGGAGACCGGUCUUUCCGAAGAUGAUCUUGAGUGGUCAUUCCGAGAAGCCAGAUUGUUACCCAAUGUUAAGGGUUGUGGAUAUCCUCCGAUGCUCAACUGUUCAAUUUUCUUGAAGACGUACAAAGAAAUUGGAACAAAUUUUUCUUGUUACUAUAGCAAAGUAGAUCCGAGUAUGGUAAUCAGCCACUUGAGUAUGUGGCAAGUUUACAUGAACUUGGUGUACGCCAUGGCAAUACCUAUUCCUUCUUUUAUUUUAUCUGUAGUCUAUUUGGCAUUUGCCUAUUUCAAAAUAUAUAAUGAGGACGAAGAGGAGGCUCCUCUCGAGAAAAACGCUGAAGAUAUGGACAUGAUGGGGGAUAUUGGACCUGGGGAAACGCCUUUGCCCCCUGCUAGUGGUGGACUAACUCCUGCCAGUGAAGCUUUCAGAGAGGACUUAGCUAGCUUUGGCCACCAUUUCAAAGUUGCGAUGGUAGACGACAUGAGUCGGGAUAGCCUAGUCGAUGGAGUCAUCAGUUCCGUUUCAGUUGGAGGGAACAUUGGAAAAACCAUGACUACCAGUAUUUCGACUACAGGCGGCCCAGUAGCUGAUAUAUGAAUUCACAGCCACUAAGCUACAUGCUGAUUCUUCUCAAGCUUGUGUUACUUGUUAAUUUCGUAAUGCUUAGGAUAAUUUCGAAAUCAAUUUGAUUUGAAAUGUGAUUUUCAUUCCUCUCAGAAAAUAAAGUACGUAUAAAUUUUGA